AUGCGUGUGAAGAAGUUGAACGUGAACCGACGCCACAAACCAGGGGAAGACGAGGCCGUCGCGGCGGGCGGAGACAGCGAGCAGCGCAAGUGGGUGAGCCCCACCAAGCCUCAGCGAGGAGCAGAAGUCAGCACCGGCAGCAACAGCGGCUCCAGUAGCCCCACAGACGUCCAGCAACAGCAGCACCUGGACGAACACUCGCCGUUGGUGUUCCAACCCCACAACAACUCGGACCUGUACGCACGCGGCGGAGCCGGUGGCGUCUCAGUGAUGCCCAACACUGCAGCGGAUGAGGCGGCGGAUAAGAGCCCAAUGCGCAAGGCGAUGAUCGACCGGAUCGUUGAGACCCUACGCGCCAUGAAACCUCACGCUCCCGAGAAGGUGCUGGCUGCGUUGCCCCGACUGGCGUUGCACAUGGAGAAGGCACUGUUUAAACUGGCCAAGAACGAGGCCGAGUACUGCGAUCAAUCCACAUUGAGACUGCGUAUCACUCACAUCCAGGAAAACAAUGCCAAACGGUUACUAGCCCAGCAGCAGCAACAACAGACACCCGAACAGAGCGGCAACACAACCGUUCCGCCGCUCAAGCCUCUGACCGAGGAACAGGCUCGCGUCGUCUUUCAGUGCCUGCAGUCAUGGCGCCAGAAGCUCGUCAAUAUGUAUGGGGUAGCACCAUGGGACAUCUUGCCUAACGCUACACUGGCCAAGGUGGCGCUGUACAUGCCGUCGACUGAGCAGGAGCUCUCCGUGUGUGGCGUGGGGAACGAGCAGAUUGCGCGCUUCGGCUCUUCCCUGGUGCAGGAGCUUCAACGGCUUCGUGGCCCUGCUCCCAGCAAACCAGCCGCUCGGCCGAUCAAGGCCAAGCCAGGGCGCAAAGCAGGUUCUGGCAAGCGUGGAUCUUCGGACUCGUCGGCUUCCAGCGCCAAUAAGAAGCGCAAGAAUGGAGAGGCGGCACGUCUGGCCCCAGCAGCGCCAAGCUUCAGCGGUACGUCGCUCAUGGCUCCAGCGCCGCUGCUUCCUGCUGUGGACUCGCUCCCGACGUUGCUACCGACGGUCUCGAUGAUUCCUGGAGGCGUCACAGCCUCAGCAAGCGCCACUAGCAGCAGGUCUAUGCGGGAGUCGCCCAGCUCCACGCCAACGCUGUCAGUGCCGGAGGUUGCGAUGGGAGCAGGCCAGUUGAGUAAACAGCAGAACGUCAAGAGUCUGCAGGCGUACGAACAAGAAGUGCAGUCGCUGCGGUGGAUGCUGCACCAGUCACAACAGGAAAAGUCCCAACUAGAGAUGGAAGUCCAACGUCUGCGUGCUCAAUUGCAAAGUGCAAAUGGCAAUUUGGCGGCAAACAAAUUGUUCAAAAAGAUGCAGACAUUGGUGGAAGGUCAGACGCUGCUACACGAUGGCCGCUACCGCUUUCUGCGUCGCAUCGGCAGCGGCACUUUCGCCGUCAUCAUGCGAGCUCUGGACAUCCAACAGCAGCGCCACGUGGCAAUCAAGUGCGUACGCCAACAAGAGCUCAACGCACUGGGCGAGCGAGAAGCUGCAGCGCUGCGCAGAGUCAACAACCAGGAUGCAGACGCAGCCUGUGCUGUGGUGCGUUUAUUAGAGACGUUCGAAGAACAGGGUCACUUCUGUCUCGUAUUGGAGCUCUUGGGGCCUCCUGUACUAGACGUGGGGCGCUGGGGGCCCUGGCGUCAAGCGCCUGGAGCCGCUCGGGUCCCCGAUUGGACACAGCAGCUCUUCAAACGCAAGCGGAGACGUUCCUCUGAUCCUACCAACAUCCAGUCGCCUGAAGCACAAAAGAAACUCGAGGCGGCCAUAUUGACGCCUUCACUGUCACUAGUGGACGUCCGACAGAUGGCCGUGCAUCUAUGCGGCGCUCUAGCUUUCAUACAUGACCAAGGGCUCAUCCACGCCGACGUCAAGCCGGAAAACGUGGUGCGGUCGAAUGCAGAGGCUUCGAUGGGAUCGUCGCCUUCCCAAUCGCCAUGCUCAUCGCCAGUGAAGCUCGUGGACUUUGGCAACUGCCUGGAUGCGAGUGAGUUGGCGGCGUAUGCUGAAGAGAAGACAAGUGGAGGCUUCGACGUGCAGACUGUCACGUAUCGCGCUCCAGAGGUGGCUGCGGGGCUGUUGCUUUGCCCUGCGAUGGAUAUGUGGUCACUGGGCUGUCUGUUGCUCGAGUGCGUGUCUGGUAAACCUUUAUUCACUCUGCCAGCUCUGGAUGCGUCAGUACAGGAGCGUUCUGAGGUCGCAAGGCUCGAGAAUAACGAUCUAUUGAGGCAGAUUGAAGGUGUCAUAACGAACGGAGUGUCUCUGAGUGCUGCGUGCGCCCCGUACAGGUCUGCUGCCCGGUAUGAAGAGACAACAGAGAGUCACAGACAGCAGACGCCAUCGACGUCGUUGAAAGCUCGUUUAGAAGCUGCAGCUCUGGGGAAUCACCAGUUCCAGGACUUUAUCUACAGUCUGCUGAAUGUCAACCCAGCCACGAGGAUCACAGCAAAGCAGGCGCUGUUCCACCCUUUCCUGCAAGCAUUCUUCCCCUUCAAAACGGUGUUCGCUCAUAUGAGUAGUAACGAAGUCGACAGAGAGCGUGAACGUGUUGGAAUCACUCCCUCUCCAGACACGAAGCGGACGUUAAAGCGAUCCAGAGCACGUGAAGUGGAGACAGAAAGUCGAGCACGAAAGAAAAAGUCAGCUGAGAGAGCAGCUUCAGCUCGCACUAAGGACUUACGCCAAGUGCUCAAAAUUAUCCCGCGUGACGUGGCUGGCCACUCUUCGCUAUCGCCACGCUGACAUCAUCUAUUAGUCGUGGUAUCAGACACCUGUGGAGUCCUGGUUGACCCUGGAUGGAGUCGUGUAUGUUGGACUUGCUUCAGCGCGCUGAUCCCAUGCCGCCUCAAAGUGCCGUGAACGAACAGUCUUCGCCUCAAUAUCUUCGCGAAGUGCACGGAAUGCAGCCUCCUUGCAGAUUGCAGCAAUGUCAGCUCCCGUGAACGUGCGAGAACUGUUUCAAGCAAGUACAAACAAGGUCAAUUGAAAUCAUCUCAAGAAGGGGAAAGGCUCAGUCUACUACCCUCUCGAUCGCGCAGCAAGUUCUUGGAUGUUGACGUCGUCGGCUAGCGGCAUCUUUCUCGUGUACAGAGCAAGAAUAUCCUGCAACAAACCACUAUUAACUCAAAUUCACCACGUUAGACCCGUGCACGUUCGUUCCUCACCUCAAUGUCUUCUUGAGUCGGGAAUCCUAUCUCCACAGUCUUGUCGAUGCGGCCGGGACGAACGAGAGCGGCGUCAAGAGCAUCUUUUCGGUUCGUUGCGGCUACCACGAGAAUGCCACCGCUAUCCGCUGUUGAUAAUCCCUUAGUACGCGAGAC